AUGGCAGACUACAUUUGGUUUGAAGGGACACCUCUCCCUAAUCUACAAAAUAACAAGGAAAUACUUGAAGAAUUUCUUCCUGAGUUUGUGAUCAGAGAUGAAAACAUAAUCAUAGAGAGUUAUCCAAAAUCAGGAACUAACUGGCUGAUUGAGAUUGUCUGCUUGAUUCAGAACAAGGGGAAUCCAGAGUUGAUUCAAUCUGUGCCCAUUUGGCAACGCUCACCAUGGAUAGAAACUAAAAUAGGACAUCAAACUUUAAUCAAUAAUGAAGGACAACAACUGAUUAGCUCCCACCUCCCCUUCCAUCUUUUCCCGAAGACUUUCUUCAGUUCCAAGGCCAAGGUCAGUGUCCAGUGGUUGAGAAAUCUUGACCAAAUGCUCAUUGAACUUAUUCAACUAUGA